AUGAGCCGAGUGUUGCGGAAGCGCUCGCGCCGACAGUUGAAAAGCUUGUGGGCUGUGCCGAAGCGUGCAACGUUCGUAGAGCGGACAUUCCAAAUCCAACAUCCUGACAUGGUGGUCCGCUGCAGCAAGUCUCCUGUUUCCUGCGCGGUCGGGUGGGGCGAGCAGCUUGAAAGGGGGGUGCUCGUGAAUCAGCACUCCACAACUCAUGAGGAAACAAAGGAGGCCCAGGCAGGCGACAUGAUCGCUGCCGUGGGCUUAGACACCAUCUCCAGCGGCAUCCUUUGCGCCGACGCAGUCGGCAGGGAUGCAGAGGUUGAGGUGCUCGCAAAGGUAGCUGAGGACGCUUUCUGCUUCAGUCGCCAGCAGGAGUCGAAUCAGACCAUUAUCGAGGUUGUGGGCGAACUGGACAAGCUGCACUUGGAGAUCCUGAUUGACCGCCGUGAGCGCGAGUUCAAGAUCGAGGCCAACAUUCGCAAGCUGCGGGCUCACCGAGAGAUCACGAACUUAUUGGAGCUUUGGUGCACGCGCGAGAAGCAGGCCGGCCAACCUGUCAAGCUGCGCAUGUCCUUCGAGCCCAGCCCUGGGGAGGCCUUUGAGAUCUCAAUCGCUUCCAAGGAGUACGUGCCUGCAGCGAUCAAGGGCACAGAGCGCGAGUUUCUGAACGGUGGGCGCGCGGGCUCCCCGGUCGUGGACAUCAGUGACGUCAAGACCGAACGGGGCGGCUUCCGCCCGGUGGAAUCUUCUGCCAUUACCUUCGAGAUUGCAGCUUAUUGCGUUCGUGUGUCCAGACCGGCGCCCUUGCAAGCGCAACUGUUGCAGCAAGCUGUGGCCCAAAAUGUAUGGCGGCCUUUGUGUUGUCUAGCCACCGCUCAUAGCAACGCUAUGCCCAUCGUAUUUGGGCGUGGCCGCUGCAUCGGCUUCAUCGAUACCCCCGGCCACGAAGACUUCACAUGGCUGGUGGAGGGCUGGGACAGCCCCCUUUCUGUUGCUGAUGUUGCAGGGAUUGAGCUUGAGAGGGAAACCGUCUGGCGCGAGGCUCGUUACAAGUACAAGGUUGCGCAUGUAUUUGUCGCGAUAAUGGUCGAACAGCUUGACGCGAACCCCUUCUCCAUUCAGUUGCUCGAGAAGGCUAUGGAGCAGGACGAGGAAGUUCUCGAGGCCUACCUUGCAUCUGGUAAGGCAUCCUUGGAGAUGCCUCUGAUGUGCAUCCGUAAGGGCGCCAUAUUCAAUCCAAGGACCAAGCCAGAGGAGCGUAUGUCAGAUGAGCGCAUGGGCCGAAUGGUUUUGAUGCACUCCACAACUCAUGAGGAAACAAAGGAGGCCCAGGCAGGCGACAUGAUCGCUGUUAUGGACGAACUGGACAAGCUGCACUUGGAGAUCAUGAUUGACCGCUGUGAGCGCGAGUUCAAGAUCGAGGCCAACAUUCGCAAGCUGCAGGCAAAGCGUGUGGUGUGGAGUUCGGGCCUCAACUUAUAUGAAAACCUGAAGAGAAGCAAAGCAAUCGCGAAGCGACGCGACACAUUGUACAGUAGUUAUCCCCAGUGUGCGGCCCGGCUGGACUCACCGGCGUGGCGCUUCAUGAGUGCUCGCCAGUCUGGGUGCGGCGCGGCUGCUCACAAAUCUAAUGUCUACGACGAAUUCAACAGACAUAUUGGUCCGGACGGACCGCCACCUUGCUUCCCAAGGCCGCCUGUAGAAUUUGGUGCACUGGAAGAGUGA